CGGCGGCCGCACUCGGAGGCGGGCCCACGAGGCCCCAUCCUCUCGGCCUUGGGGUGGAGCGGAGCCCGGUUCGGCCGGGGUCGCCGCCGGACGUGACGUCACCCACACGUCUCCGCCGCCGUCGGGGGCGGGGCACUGAGGGAACCAGAACGAGGCUGGGGGAGGCCCGGACCGCGGAAGCGGAGAGGCCGAACGUCCUGGGCCUGAUGCCUGACCACGGGGACGUGAGCCUCCCCCCCGACGAGAGGGUCAGAGCCCUCAUCCAGGUGGGCAGCGCGGUGGAGGUCAACGAAGAUGUGCCCCCUCGCCGGUACUUUCGGUCCGGAGUGGAGAUUAUCCGCAUGGCGUCCAUUUACUCGGAGGAGGGCAACAUCGAGCACGCCUUCAUCCUCUACAACAAAUACAUCACGCUUUUCCUCGAGAAGCUCCCGAAGCACAGAGACUACAAGACGGCGGUCAUCCCGGAAAAGAAGGACACUGUGAAGAAACUCAAGGAGAUCGCCUUUCCCAAAGCAGAAGAGUUGAAGGAGGAGCUGCUGAAGAGAUACACCAAAGAAUAUGUGGAAUACAUUGGGAGAAAGAAGAAAGAAACUGAGGAGUUUGCUCGCAACUUGGCCCUCCAGCAGCAGCUGGAGGAGGAACGGCAAAGGGUGGCCCAGCAGAAGCAGCAGCAGGCGGAGCAGGAACAGUUCCAUGCCUUUGAAGAGAUGAUCCGUCGGCAGGAACUGGAAAAGGAGCGGCUGCGGAUAGUGCAGGAGUUUGGGAAGCCGGACCCAGGCCCUGAGGUUCUAGGUGGGCCCCUGGUGCCCGGUGUGGAGAGGCCCCCUACAGAGGUGCUGCCUGCAGCGCCCAUAGCGCCGGGGCUGCCCAGCCCGGGGCCCACGCCAGCCAAGCCCCCUCUGGUGGACAGGUCCUUGAAGCCUGGAGCUCUGAACAGCCCAGAACACACAUCUGCGAUAGAUGGCCUCCGCCACGUGGUGGUGCCCCAGAUGCUCUGCCCACAGUUCCUCCAGUUGGCCGACGCCAACACUGUCCGUGGCGUGGAGACGUGCGGGAUCCUCUGUGGGAAGCUGAUGAAGAAUGAAUUCACCAUCACCCACGUCCUCAUCCCCAAGCAGAGUUCAGGGCCCGAUUACUGCAACACGGAGAAUGAGGAGGAGCUGUUCCUCAUCCAGGACCAGCAGGGCCUCAUCACCCUGGGUUGGAUACAUACUCACCCCACGCAGACGGCUUUCCUGUCCAGCGUGGACCUGCACACGCACUGCUCCUACCAGAUGAUGCUGCCAGAGUCGAUCGCCAUUGUCUGCUCCCCCAAGUUUCAGGAAACAGGAUUCUUUAGGCUGACGGACCACGGACUGGAGGAGAUCUCUUCCUGUCGCCAAAAAGGAUUUCAUCCCCACUGCAAGGAUCCCCCUCUGUUCUGUACCUGCAGCCACGUGACCGUUGUGGACCGGGCGGUCGUCAUGACCGACCUCCGAUGAAAAGUUGGCCUUAACCCCCUUCCAGACACUGUCAAGAUCUCGCCCUUCUCUUUGUCGUCCAGAAAAGCUUGGGGGCUCACGGGGGAGGUCUGCCUUUAGGUAGCAGGAGUUGUCUGGCUCCCCGAGGGAGAGCUGUUCCAGCCUCCGCGGUGUCAGGGAUGAUGGAACGCCCUUUUUUCCAAUAGCAUUAACCCGACUUCUCAGUUGUCUCUAACUUAGCUCCUCCUUUUCCCUUCUUGGCUCACUGCUGGGUUUGCUCCCAGUGAGCAUCUGCAUGGGUAGAAAGUGCCGACCCAUCCAAGGCGUCUCUCGGCGCUCCUUCUGCUUAUGAAGGGGUUAAACACGGGGACACCUUAAAGGUAGAAUUCUGUGUCCCCUGGAGGGCAGUAGCUUCCUUUAAGGAAGGAACGAGCGGAGCCCAGAGAAAUCUGGCCAGGCGGCCGAGGGAAAACGCGGCCCACAAAAUGCUUUGGUGCAACUGGCCAGAGAUUUUGGUUGUUUAACGAGUAGUUCCCUGAAAUAAAGUGGCUGAUUAAACUCACCCGUUACCUUAUGCCCUGGAGUAACCAGCUGGAGCAGCGGUGUGUGCGCUCGGGCUGGGAGCAGCCUGGGGUGGCCCAGCAGUGGGUCCCUGUCCUGUCACCACCCCCUCAUCACCCCCAUCCUGCCUUCACUGUUUUCUCAUGAGCCAGAACGUCUUUUGCCAAAUGGAGAGGUGCCCUUCCCUGGGAUGGGAGGACUUUAUUGUGCCUCGAGGAAACCUUUCUCUGUCCAGAAUGGCGGGCUCCGGCCGUUUGCCGUCCCGUACCAUCUCCACCCCAGCCACCUUCUGUGGACAUAUCGCCUUGGCUUUCUUUCCUUGACCCACAUCGUAUCCCAAGUGAGGGGUAGUUUGGAGCUGCUGUCGACUUUCCGUCCUAUUUCUUAAAAAAAACAAAUGAUCGAGACCUUUUGUUUUUACAUCACAGUGCUUUCUGGGAGCACUGCUCCCCCAACUCUGCUUCCUCCAGAAUAGUCUUCCCUGUUUCAGAGAAAGAACUAAUUACAAACACAAAUACGGUGAACUCUACCGAUGACAGAUGGACAUCCUGCCCUCUGCCGGGAGGAGAGGCCCAGGGCCGGCUGGGUUUGGGUCUGGUUCGUUUUGGGUUGUUGUUUUCACUAUUUGGCUUCUUUUGCCAAUAUUUUCCUUUAUGAUUCUGUUUGUCAUUUAUUAUUAUUUUGGUUCUGCGCCUUUCCUGUGCAUCAGUUUGUCCAAAGCUUCUAAUUUCUCUAAAAUUCUGGUAUUGGGGUUUGGGGGUUUUGUUUUUUCUUAAUAAUAAUAGCUUUUCUUCAAAA